AUCAAGCAACACAAUAAUGUUGGCAGCUGCAUCGUCCACGACGUGGCCGGCGAGGCGGCACGCGUGCUGCAGCAGCUCGCUCUUCUUCCACCUCAACGGCGUCGGGAGCUCCAUGCUGUACCGCGUGCUGGACGCCGUGACGUCGGCGAAAUGCGAGACCGGGCGGCGGGCCCGGAAGCAGCUCAAGGUCCUGGACGCGCUGGACGCGGCCCGGACGCAGCUGUACCACUUCACCACCAUCGUGAUCGCCGGCAUGGGCUUCUUCACGGACGCCUACGACCUCUUCUCCAUCUGCCUCGUGGCCGACCUCCUGGGCCACAUCUACUACCAGGGCCGAGGGAACAAGCUCCCGGGCUCCUUCGCCGGCGCCGUGAGCGGCGUGGCCCUCUGCGGCACGCUGUUGGGCCAGCUCUUCUUCGGCUGGCUCGGCGACCGGAUGGGCCGGAAGCGGAUCUACGGGGUGACAUUGAAGCUCAUGGUGCUCUGCUCCCUGGCCUCGGGGCUCUCCUUCCACCGGGACCCGGAAUGCGUGCUCGCCACGCUCUGCUUCUUCCGCUUCUGGCUCGGCUUCGGCGUCGGCGGCGACUACCCGCUGUCGGCAACCAUCAUGGCCGAGUACGCCAACAAGCGCACCCGCGGCGCCUUCAUCGCCGCCGUCUUCGCCAUGCAGGGCUUCGGCAACCUCGCCGCCGGCGCCGUCGUGUUAAUGAUCUCCGCGAGGUUCAAGAACACGGCGGCAUACGAGACCGAUCCGCUGGGGCAGGCCGACUACGUGUGGCGGAUCGUGCUCAUGCUGGGCGCGGCCCCGGCGCUGCUCACCUACUACUGGCGGAUGAAGAUGCCGGAGACGGCGCGCUACACGGCGCUCGUGGCCAAGAACCUCAAGCUGGCGGCGUCCGACAUGGCCGAGGUCCUCGACAUCGACAUCGACGCCGUCACCGACAAGGAAGACGUAUCCCCCAGGGGAGGACAUGAGUUCGGGCUCUUCUCGGCGGAGUUCGUGCGGCGCCAUGGCCGGCAGCUGCUGGCCACCACGGUGUGCUGGUUCGUGCUCGACGUCGUCUUCUACUCGCUCAACCUCUUCAUGAAGGACAUCUUCGCCGGCAUCGGCUGGUUCGGGGACGCCGACAGCAUGGGCCCGCUCGAGCAGACCUACGCCAUCGCGCGCACGCAGGCCAUCGUCGCCGCCGCCGGCUCACUCCCGGGCUACGUCCUCACCGUCCUCUUCGUCGACCGCAUGGGCCGCAUCAAGAUCCAGCUCAUGGGCUUCGCCAUGAUGACCAUCUUCAUGCUGGGCCUGGCUGGGCCGUACAAGUUCUGGUCCCACCCAAACAUGCACGCAGGCUUCGCCACCAUGUACGCCUUCGUCUUCUUCUUCGCCAACUUCGGGCCCAACUCCACCACCUUCAUCCUGCCCACCGAGAUCUUCCCCACGCGCCUGCGAUCCACCUGCAACGGCAUUUCCGCCGCCGGCGGCAAGUGCGGCGCCAUCAUCGGCGUGCUCUGGUUCCAGUACUCUCGAACCAGCGUCCAGGGAUCGCUGCUCAUGCUGGCCGGCUGCAACCUCGUCGGGGUUAUGUUCACGCUUGCCUUGCCGGAGCCCAAAGGGUUGUCGCUCGAGGACAUCACAGGGGAGAUGGACGAAGGGAGCGAACAGCAAUCUGAAGAAUCUGUAGCUGUCACAGCCGUUGAUUCUGAGUUCAUCCACAGCGUCGAAAUCUUAUAAUCCACAGCUGCUAAGCAACAUAGUCACCUCAAAAUUAAUUCAAAGUAUUCUCAGCCA